UGGUGUGAGCGCGCUCCUGCGCCCCCUGCAGGGAUAGUGCUGGACUCCGGAGACGGCGUGACCCACAACGUGCCCAUCUAUGAGGGCUACGCCCUGCCCCACGCCAUCCAGCGCUUGGACCUGGCCGGCAGAGACCUCACCGACUACCUAAUGAAGAUCCUCACAGAGCGUGGCUACUCCUUCGUCACCACGGCUGAGCGGGAGAUCGUGAGGGACAUCAAGGAAAAGCUGGGCUACGUCGCCCUGGACUUCGAGAACGAGAUGGCCACGGCGGCGUCAUCCUCAUCCCUGGAGAAAAGCUAUGAGCUGCCAGACGGGCAGGUCAUCACCAUCGGCAACGAGCGCUUCCGCUGCCCGGAGACCCUCUUCCAGCCCUCCUUCAUAGGCAUGGAGUCUGCUGGGAUCCAUGAGACCACCUACAACUCCAUCAUGAAGUGUGACAUCGACAUCCGCAAAGACCUGUACGCCAACAACGUCUUGUCCGGGGGCACCACCAUGUACCCGGGCAUCGCGGACCGGAUGCAGAAGGAAAUCACCGCCCUGGCCCCGAGCACCAUGAAGAUCAAGAUCAUCGCUCCGCCUGAGCGCAAGUACUCCGUCUGGAUCGGGGGCUCCAUCCUGGCCUCCCUGUCCACCUUCCAGCAGAUGUGGAUCACCAAGCAGGAGUACGACGAGGCCGGCCCCUCCAUCGUGCACAGGAAGUGCUUCUGAGGCCCGCCGCCUGCCGCCCCUUCUCACCCUCGUCCUGGGCCCUUCCUCUUUCCCGGCGCUUCUUUCCGGCCUCCCCAGAGCCCACCCCGGGGGCUGCCACCCGGCUCUGGCCCAGGGCCAGCGGCACAAGGAGGCCUCCUCCUCUUCCUCCUCUUGAGCGGGUGGGCGCCGUCCCCAAUGGCUUCUCCCCAGGCCCGUCUCGGCGCUCACGCUGGGAGGGGGGGAAGCAAGUGAUCUUUCUGGGAAAGAGAAACAACAGAUUUUGAGUAUCACAAUAAAGCGCUGGAAAGGA